UUUCCACUUCCGCCUUACACCGAACCGUUUUGACCCAGUUUCGUAUUUGUGGCUAUCGUGACUUCAAAAUCAUAAUGGGACUUUCUAACGUCGGCGAUUGUUUGUCUUUUUUGGUGUGUCUGCACUUGUGCUAGGAAUAUUACAGUUGCCAAGAGAAACCAGCGACAACGGCAAUGAAAGAUAGAGUCGCACCAUAGGGCGCUGUUGCAGCUCCUUCAAGGAAAUCAGUAUCAGGUACAGGGGUGAAGAUGCCAGGUCUGCAGGGUGAACAUGUAUCCUCGCUGGGGAGUCCCAUCAAGAGGAAUAAACUAUCCCUGAAAUUCUUCCAGAAGAAGGAAACUAAACGUGCUCUGGAUUUCUCUGAGCCUCAAGCAGACGAAGCCAACAGCUGUGAUCAAGUGGUGCCUGCUCCAUCUUCACGCCCUGGCUCUCCUGCUCUCUUGCCGUCAUGUGAGAAGAGAGAUGACUUGGUGCCAUUUGUGGGGUUCAGCAACGGAGGCAACACCUGUUACUUGAACAGCAUUUUACAGGUGCUGUAUCACUGUCCAGGCCUGAAGGAAGGCAUCAAGUCCUUGUACAAGUUGUCAAAAAGGAACACUAAACUGACGGAUGAAACUGUUAAAUGUGAAGAGCCAGCAGAGGGUGCUGCUGAGUCUUCAGCAGCACACAUUGAGCUCAUCGGGAGCUUUCACAGUCUGAUAACUUCCGUGGAGCAGGUACAGGCCAGAUUCCUGCUCAAUCCUGAGAGCUUCCGUGAGAGAGAGCUCGACACAUCGCCUCGCAAAAUUCUUCACACACUCAGGCAACUGAACCCAAUGUAUGAAGGCUAUCUUCAGCAUGAUGCCCAAGAGGUUCUGCAGUGUAUUCUGGGAUAUAUCCAGGACGCCUGUAUCACUAUUAGGAAGGAGCAAAAGCUGGAGGUUGCCAAUGUGACUGAGGUCGAAGUGGAAAAUGGCACCUCUACGAGUUCUCGCAAUUCAGUGCCAGAUCUUGAGGACGAUGGUCAAGUGAAUGGAAAGAGGAAGAGCGAUACAGAGAUGGGAAAUGCCAAAAAGAAGCCAAAAUCUAGUAAGUCUGGCAAAUCUAGUGCAGAAGAGGAGCACGUAUUGAGUGCACCUGUCACCCGCUCCAAAAGGAAGUCGUCAUGUGACGUAACCCAGGCCAAAGCUGGAGAGGAAGAAAAGGGAGACAAGGAAAUGAAACUGGAGGAGAAUGACGACGGAGCCAGCGAUGAUAACACAUCCAACGAGGCUGAUGAGAAAAAGAAGAAACGUACCAAACUGAGCUGGCUCAGGCCAGCUGGGAAACAACCCAGCAUCAUGUCGAUGUUUCGCACUGUCGGUAAAAUCACCUCCUCUUUUGGAAGCAACCCAACAAAAACGGAGCAAGAGAGCAAUGUGACUGAUGUGCCAGCUCAGGUUGAGAAGUCAGAAGACGAUCAGGCCACCCCUCAAAACAUAAACCAUGUCAAGAAAGCACAACAACAAGACAGUCUAGACUUGAUGGAGCGCUUGUUCCACGGCCAGCUGCUUCUACGGACUCGCUGUCUGGAGUGUGAAAGCUUCACAGAGAGGAGAGAGGACUUCCAGGACAUCAGUGUCCCCGUGCUGGAUGAGGAACCCAGCAGCCCGGACGAUCUCUCGUCAGUUUCUCCAUAUCCAAAAUUAGAGCAGAAAACCCUCAAAUGGUCCAUCGCACAGUUUGCAUCCGUAGAACGCAUCUUUGGAGAAGACAAGUACUUCUGUGACACGUGUCACCAUUACACAGAGGCUGAGAGGAGUCUUCUGUUUGACAAAACGCCUGACGUCAUCACCAUUCACCUCAAGCGCUUCUCUGCCAACAGUUUAGAAAUCGAUCCAUAUGCCGGUCUGUCGAAGGUGAACACACCCUUGCAGACACCUUUGACCUUAUCCCUGGAGGAGUGGUGCACCCCUCGAUCAUCCAGAAAAGGUCAACACUAUGAGCUCUUUGCUGUGGUCAUGCACAGUGGCAUGUCCAUCAGCAGUGGCCACUACACCGCUUACAUCCGCAUGAGUGGCUUGGAAGAUGCCAAGCUCUGGCUACAAGACAGGGAGGAGACAGAGAAGCAGCAAGAGGAGGAGGUGAAGGACUAUGACGAUGGAGAGGUUUCUAUCAGGCAGAAUGCCAAAGAACAACUUGCGCCUAGCACGGCUUGCGGCAAACCAGGAAGUAAGAAGCUUCAAGAAGGUGGGGUCGGACUCUUGGGAGGUCAGCGGAGUUCAGUCAGCUGUGACCUCAGUGGUAUCAAGGACGGAGAGGGAGCAGCAAGCAGCGGGACAACAGAGGGGUCCAAACAGAGAAAAACUCUAAACCGGAAACAAAAUGCAGAAGCUGGGCCGAAAAAGGAAGACCCUUCGACAACUUCCUGUGAGGGGGUGGUGGCGGCCUCGGAGCAGAAGGCUUUAAACAACCUCCUCGAGUACGAAGGCAAAUGGCUGCUGUUUGAUGAUUCAGAGGUGCGUUUGUUUGAGGAGGAGGAUGUCCUCCAAGCCUGCUCCCAUCAGACCUGCUCCUCUUCAACACCGUACCUGCUCUUCUACAAGAGAGUACCUGACACCACACACUGACACCACCUCACCUUUCAAUCUUCAUACGCUGGACUAUAUACUGUAAAUAUGAUCUAAUACUACAGAACACGCACACACCAUACAGUCAUGGAAAACAUGAUUAGACCACCCUUGUUUCUUCACUUUAUUGAUCCAUUUGAAUGCCUGGUACAACUAAAGGUACAUUUGUUUGGACAAAGAUAAUGAUAACAAAUAUAGCUCAUUAGAGUUUACUUUAAGAGCCGCUAUCUAGCAACUUCCACGGUUAGCCAGAAUCACUUAAGUUCUUACAUAUAGCAUUGUACUGCCAAAACAUUUAACUCUGUCAUUGUUCUAUUUGUCCAAACAAAUGUACCUUUUAGUUGUAUCAGGCAUUCAAAUGAACAAGAAACUGAAGAAACAAGGGUGGUCUAAUCAUUUUUUCCCCAUGACUGUCGAUACCACAAUAGCACCUGAACGCAGCAUACGUUUUAUACUUACCGUAUGUUCUGUAUUUGUGCAAAGUCAGCUCAAUUACAGAACCAAGAAUGAACCUUUUUGUGCCAAAAGGCAAACCAGCUUUUUAAAAAAAAUGUUUUUCUUAAAUUUUAUGUCUCAUUGUGCGCUGUAUAAUUUUUUUCUGAUUGUAUGUUUAAGUGUCAUUUUUACUUAAAGGUUUAGUGAAUGAAAGUGCUACGCUUGUCACGUCUUGACAUUCGAUCUUAAAAGCCAAACAACACACUUCCAUUCCUGACACCAAAGUAGACUGAUGUGGUUAGAAAGAAUGCACUCCUCAGCUGUUUUCAACCAUGCAUACAUGAACUCCAUCCUUAACACAAAUCACACUAACCUAAACACCUUCUGAAACAAGCAACCAAAUAAUGUGGAAAAACCUGCAUCAGACCAGAAUAAGUAUUCAACUUUUGGUUAUCUUUAUGGGCCGCUUUAAGAAAACUAACAAGUGGGAAUCACUAUUAUAUUGCAAUAUACCAUCUGUGUAAAGCAGGGGUGCCCAAAGUGGACUUCUCCCACAUUCAAAAAGCAUGCAUGGUAACUCAAAAUUGUCCCUGCAGUUGGCCGGCGACCAGUCCAGGGUGUACCCCGCCUCUCGCCCAAAGUAGCUGGGAUAGGCUCCAGCAUGCCCCUGGGACGCUAAUGACGAUUAAACAGCAUAGCAGAUGGAUGGAAUACACACGGGUCAGAUGUCUAUAAAUGAAAUGAGUAGUUGAAAUUGAGUAGUUUUUAAGCAAAUCUUUUGCACCAUUUUGCAAUACAAACAUGUUCAAGUAAAACAGGAUCUAAAAUUAAAUUUAGUAAAAUAUAUUCCAGUGGAGUUACAAAGCAAACUCCCAGAAAAACUCACACAUCUUGCCCUUCCUUCCCUUCACUUUCCCAUUUUAAUAGUUUACUGCCUUGGCUCCUAAAGUGAGGCGAGCCAUUUGUAAUAAAGGUACGUGAAUAAAAAAAUAAUAAAUUGGCGCCUAAUUCUCAGAAUUGCUCCUCACGGCGCAAGGAGAACGGAGCAGAAAGGAGAGACAGCACAAAGUUGGUAAUUGCUCUGCGUGCAUCAUACGAAGGAAUAAGUACGUUGGAUGGUUAUCUUGUGCAGUAAGAGACUUCAUUUAUAUUGGUGUUGCAAUCCCUGCAAGGUGGUGAAAACCUGUCACUGAGUGGGGAUUCCCCCUAACAUGAGGCUUUAUCGAUUUUUGUGCUUCAAAUACUGCUUUAUCAUGGUUGUUAAACUUUCCCCUUCAAUUUGCUAUUCAAUUAACAUGCAGCUUUAAACCAUAGCCAUUGCGUGUGGACACAAAAGUGAUGCUCAAAUUCCAACCCAUUCAAACGGAAGGAUGCCAACAUCAGACUGGAAUAAACGAUAUGUAGGAUUAUAAAACGCAGCCUCACCAUUUUUUAAUCCUGACUGGGGGAACCCGCAGGAGACCACUCCCUGACCUGAGCUUCUCAGAGCCCGAGAUGGUCCAUGUGGCUCUAACAUGUCAGAGAUUUACUUUGGCGCAAAAAAACACUUUUACACAAGCAGAGCUGUUUGUAAGUCUAUUCUCUGAGUGACAGGAAUAUAUGGUCUAAUUUCCCGGUUCUAGUCAGGACUCGAGCAGCAGCAUUCUAUUACAGCUGCUUUACUCUUCGUCUAGAGUGCCUGGUGAGAAGCCUGUUAUGGUAGUCUAGCCUGCUGGAGACAAAGGCAUGGAUUAGUCUCUCUAAAUCUGGUUUAGACACCAUUCCCUUGAUUUGGGCAAUGUUUUUAUUUGGUAAAAAGCUGCUGAUGUUAUUGAGUUAAUGUUCAUAUCUGAGUCCAUUGUUACCCCUAGAUUUCUAACCUGAUGAUUAGGUUUUAGAGAAAGAAUCUCAAGGUGAGCAACAACACUUCCUCUUUCUUUCUGUGGGGGAAAAAGGCAAUGAGUUCAUUUUUGUCUGAAUUUACCAAACCUAACUUUGUAUCUCACACGACUUUCCCAUUUUUCUUUCAUGCUUCAACUCUAUGCUACUAAAAUGACAUUUCCCAACAUAUUACGAAUUUGCUGUCAUAAAAUUGCAACUUUUUUCUCAUAAUACAUUUUUUUCUCUUAAUAUUUUUACUUUAUUCGUGUAAAAUUAGUGUUUUUUUCCCAGUUCUUUUGUUUUUUCUAAUUUCCCCACUAUUUCAUCUUUCUUCUCAUAAUUAGGACUUUAUUGCCAAAAUAUUCUGACUUUGUUUUUAUUAGAUUAUUUUUUUUUCUCUAAAGGACUUCAUGCUUGUAAGAUUACAGUUGAUUUUUCUAUUUUUGCUGCUGUUUUUGUUUUUUUGUAAAUUUUUAGUUUUCCUGUCUAAUUAUAUUUUUAGAGUGCGAUGCAGGCCAAUGCAAAAAAAAAAAAAAAAACAGCCCGGGUCACACUUUGGACACCACUGCUUACGAGUAAGAGCUGUAAGAUAAGCAGGCAGGAAGUUCAUUCUGACAGGACCUUCCCUUUUGUGUUAUGCAGUCUAUAUUUGUAUUACUUUCCAGACAAUAACCAAACACAAACUGAUCAUCAGCGUUCCACAACUGAACAUUAAAAUAUUUAUUUUGUAAAAUAUUAAAAUUAACAAAAAACAGAACUACAUAAAAUUAUACAUUUUUAGUACCUAACUGAAACAUUGUUGCUUUAACAAAAAGUGGUAAAGCAAUAUGAUAAAUAAUGAUACUUUUUUUUUGUUGCAUGUUUUCAUUUUUUCACCCUUCCCUCCAUAAUAACAUUAACUUUCAAGUUGUAAAAUGCAUUGCUACGCCAGAAUUUAAAAAAAAAAAGUGCACACAUUGAAUACAGAUUUCUUUGACACAUACGUUAAUUAAAAAGACACCUUGACAUUUGAAAAGGUUUUGUGUCUGAAUUUGGUGUUUGGUGGUUUUUUGGCACUUCAACCAAUACCUUGAUGUCAACAUUCUUGGUAGCAUUGGUUUGUUUGGUAGCUUGUGGCAAGCAGUCUCGUACCUGUGGAGUAAAGGUUAACAUAAAAUAAAAAAAAUAAAAAAUGCAGCCGAUGGGGAAAAUAAUCCCCAAGUCUAAAAAAGGUCAAGGUGUCUCUUUAAAAUUGAAGAUCCACUCGUUCGUCCCACAGAUUGAGUUGUGUGUAAACAGGAUAAGACACUGGAAUGACGUACCGACUUGGAGCCUUUUCACGAACCGUUCUGCUAUUUACACUCAAGAAUAAAUUAAUAUUGCAUCUUCUGGUGUGGCUUUGCGUGGCUUCUCUUCUUCUUCAAACGUCAACUUUGCGAAGACUUAGUCUGCUGAACGAAUCUCUGAAAAUAAAAAAAAAAAGGGG